GCGGAUGGCGGCGGAUGGCGCCGCACUCGGCUCCUCCCGUCUCCCUCGCUCACUCCGCGGCUGGGCUCCGACUAACGGCCCAUCCGGGCAACCGCCGCCCCCGGGAGCACCCCCCACCUCCCGCCUCCCUCCGCGGCUGGGCACGCCCCCUAAUUUGCAUAGAGGGCGGGGCCCCUCCCUGUCAGACCCCUCCGCGCUUCAGGGCUGUCCCCGACUUUAAAAAUAAAGGCCGUGAGGCGGCUAUUUGCAUAAAGGGGAGGGGCUUACGGACGCCAGGACGCCGGUUGGCUAGGGAGGCGCCUUGGCGUCGGCGGUUGAGACGCGUAGCCCGGGCGGAACGCCGGGCCGUUGGGGCGCAGAAUUUACACGACGGAGGGUGGGAGAGAGGGGCGGCGCAUGCGUGGUGCGCCCGCGGAAGGGUGAGCGGCAGAGAGACGCGGGGAAACGGCGCUAGGCCCUCGACGCUUUCUGCCGAGGGGACGGGAAGAACUGCGACGAGCGGAAGGGAUGACGUAGUCGAGGGCGGAGUUUACAUGGACCCUGGAAGAGCCCCGGGUCCGGCGUCCAUUCGGGAGAGGCAUGCAUGCCACAGCAUGUGUAUGGAGGUCAAAGGACAACUUGCAGGAGUUGGAUCCAACCAGUUCCCCAGUUACAGCACUUCAUGGGAAGGUUCUUCCCACGCCAACCAGUUCCCCAGUUCCUGGUGAAAACUGAUCAAGCGUCCUACAGUGUAAUUCAUGGCUGACAUUGCCUGCCAGGCCUCCAUGUGGAGGGGCUCUAUCCAACAAGAUCGCUCCAGGUUAAGAUGCUGGCCUUGAGUCCAGGCCUCACGACUUAUGCACCACCAGCUAUAAAGCAAGGACACGACAAGCCCCUCUUCAACUCUGGUGAUUUGCCGGGCUGGCUCACAGGGCUAAGGUUAAGCACCUUGCCCACAUUUGCUGGUAUCAAACAGUGAUAGCCAGAUGGAACAGACGAGAGAGACAAGGUACUGGGGAGAUGGGUCUGGAGCUUCCAUGUCCUUGGGCACCACCUUCUCUGACAGCUCUCUGACUCCAUCUUUUGGGGUGUUAAGGACUGUCAUCAUUAGCUAUUGGCUAAGAACCAGUUGAGUUAAAAGUUCCAGCCCCUUCCCCAUCCCUGCCCUUGGAACUUUCCAAAAGUUAACCCUGUUGGCUUAAGCCAGUUGAAAGAGUCUCACUAUAAUGCACAGAAGAUGCCCUUUUAAACCUUUAUCACACAGGAAAUUGCAGGGCUUUUAGGAGCUUUGUCCAAGAAGUGAAGGGAGGUUCUUAUCUAAGGGUUAUAUGGGGAAGAGCAUGAGGAGCAGCAAACUCAGAGGCCUUGGGGAAAAGCAGUCUGCAUGGCUGGAGUCUACAUAGAGCAGCUUUGAGGUCAGGUGCAGAUGAAGUUGGACUAAAGCUUUGGAGGAGGUCAUGAAAGACUAAAGGGAUUUUUUAAAAGUCAGCUGGAGGUGCAGGACUAUUUCCCCAGCACUGGGGAGGCUGAGUCAGGGUGCAGAAGGUUGAGGCAAGCAGCCUUAAUGGAGUUCUAGGCCAGCCUGAGACUUGGUCUGCAAGCAUGGCUAGCUGAGUUAGCAUGCUUGCCACCAGGCAUGAAGGCGUGAGUGGGGAAACCUAGAGCCCACAUGGUAGAAAGAAGGAAGAACAGAAAGUUGACCUCUGACCCCUGCAGGCAUGCACUCACUCACAGACAGACACAGAAUAAAUAAAUUUAAGAAAAAAACAAAACCCCACAACAAAAUGUACCAGAAGAGACUUGUG